AUGGGGGAACCAUCUGUUAUCUGCUUGGAGUGUCGCAAAUUCAGAAAGGGCGUCUCAGAAAACGGGACACCGUUAUCUGUAUGCCAAGUCUGUCGGCGAUUCACGAGAGCAAUCGAGGAGCGUGCUGAGGCUGACAGAGCACGACGUGAAAGGGCCCGGCUGAGAGCUGAACAGGCUGAACGAAGAGCCAGAAGACGUGAUGUGUGGGGCUCAGCUUCCGACAGCGAUGACAUAUUUCCGCCGCAUCCUACAUCUAGUGAAGAGUAUAUGAGCAUGAUCCAGGCUGAAGCUGCUAUGUAG